UAUCCACCAGCUGCAACACCGCUCUCGAGCCUGCCCCAUCUCAUUGAUGACCUAAUUGGCGAGCAGGUCAACUAUGGAACAGGUUUUACCCAUGAGCUCUGCUUUCUUUGAAAUCUAACAUUUAAAACGAGGUAAAUGUGAAGUAGCAUCGCCAUUUCUCUUUUUUCUCUUCCCCCCACCACCACGCACUGCACUUCUUUUCACCGAGGCACCUUCGCGUCUUCAGUUCACCUGGCACUUUUGACACGACCUCAGUGUCCCGCACAAGUUCUGCUGAGUCCCGCACGGAUCGCCAUCAGGAUCCAGUCGCACUUUAGGACGCGGAAAACCCCGAAACUUCUGCCGGUCCUUCUGGGUGUCUCAAGUUUACGCACAAGAUGAGUAUCAAGUCUGACUCCGAGCCAAACAACAACGUCUCUAUUGAAGAGGAGGUACGAACUCUGUUUGUCAGUGGUCUGCCAACAGAUAUCAAACCUCGUGAGCUCUAUCUGCUGUUUCGACCAUUUAAGGGUUAUGAGGGUUCACUUAUCAAGUUAACAUCAAAGCAGCCUGUUGGUUUUGUAACCUUUGAUAGUCGUUCCGGCGCUGAAGCGGCAAAAAAUGCAUUAAACGGGGUUCGAUUUGACCCUGAAAACCCGCAGACCCUCCGGUUAGAGUUUGCUAAGGCCAACACGAAGAUGGCAAAGAGUAAGCUGAUGGGCACUCCGAAUCCCACAAAUAUCCACCCAGCUCUAGGAGCGCACUUCAUAGCACGGGACCCAUAUGACUUAACAGGGGCAACGCUGAUCCCAGCAUCUCCAGAGGCCUGGUCUCCUUACCCUCUCUAUACCCCGGAGCUCAGCCCCGGCCUGCCCCACACGGCUUUCACCUACCCAGCAGCGGCCGCUGCAGCAGCAGCCGCACUUCAUGCUCAGAUGCGCUGGUAUCCCUCCACAUCAGACUCAUCCCAGCCUGGAUGGAAAUCUCGGCAAUUCUGUUAAAAUAGUAAUAGUUUCUCUCUUGAAAUGGUGUCUUCCAGCUCCUGUUUAAAAUCAGUAGAGUUCAUUUGAACUUUUGGUUUUUGGAUGUAGUAAAUCUUUUGGAAUUAGGCCAUGAAGAGAUGAAAUUUGAGUUUGUAUUGCUCAUUGAGCUUGUAUUGAAAUCAUUGCCAACAGCACAAAAAAUAUGAGGCAUAUAGAUGGUACAGUAGACCUUAGCAGUUCUUAAUGGAUUGGUCCCUUGAACAAUUAAAUUUUUUUUUUUUUUUUUUUUUUUUGUAUUGAAGAAUUUAAGAUAAAA